GUAUGCGCAUAUACAGCAACAUACAAAUUAAACAUACAGUUGCGUUGGAGAAACCUAGGUUGUUCAUAGUUUCAAAGCAAAACAAUCAAACGUUGUAUCAUCAUCUAUCAUGGGACGUUGGAUGAAGCCCGAGAUAUAUCCUCUUCUGGUUCCGAUGACAUUCGUGGUUGGUCUGUGUACUUUCCAGCUAACCAGAAACUUGUUCAUGAAUCCUGAUGUCAGGGUUAAUAAAGCUCACCGUGCCACGGCGGUGCUGGAGAACCGGGAGGAGGGGGAAAAGUAUGCGGAGCAUGGGUUCCGUCAAUUCCUCCGUACUCGCCCGCCGGAAGUCAUGCCGGCGAUCAACCGUUUCUUCUCCGACAGGGAUUGAAUAUUUGAAUAUAUACACAUUCGCCGUAUGUACUUGCCUGAUCGUCAGCAUCUUGUUCCCCCAGUUACGACCAAAUCAUAUAUAUGAUCAUGCGAAUUGAAUGUAUUUCCAUUUAAUUUUUAA